CAGGGAGAGAGCAUACGUUUGCAACUCUUCUGUCCUACAGAUUAAAUCAGGAACAUUUCCACAGGGGAACUGUUUCUCGUCCGGGCACAAGAUGCAUCCUGCCUUAAGAGGGACUUUGUUACUUCUUCUCUUCUUGUUAAUUACGCAAGACUGUUUCUCCUCCAAGGCUGAAGACAGGCUCUUUAGGAAGCUCUUCAGGAAGUAUAACCAGUUCAUCCGGCCUGUGGAGAACGUGUCCGAUCCCGUCACUGUGGAGUUUGAGGUCUCCAUGUCCCAGCUGGUCAAAGUGGAUGAGGUGAAUCAGAUCAUGGAGACCAAUCUGUGGCUGAGACAUAUCUGGAAUGACUACAAGUUGAAGUGGGCCCCGGUGGAGUUUGAUGGGAUAGAGUUCAUCAGAGUUCCAUCCAACAAGAUCUGGAGACCAGACAUUGUGCUUUACAACAAUGCUGUGGGGGACUUCCUGGUGGAGGACAAGACCAAGGCUCUGCUGAAGUUUGACGGCACCAUCACUUGGGUCCCCCCUGCCAUCUUCAAGUCCUCCUGCCCCAUGGACAUCACCUACUUCCCCUUCGACUACCAGAACUGCUCCAUGAAGUUCGGCUCCUGGACCUACGACAAGGCCAAGAUCGACCUAGUCCUCAUCGGCUCCAAGGUCAAUCUCAAAGACUUCUGGGAAAGCGGGGAGUGGGAGAUCAUCGACGCGCCGGGCUACAAACACGACAUCAAGUACAACUGCUGUGAGGAGAUCUACCCCGACAUCACCUACUCCUUCUACAUCCGGAGACUCCCUCUCUUCUACACCAUCAACCUCAUCAUCCCCUGCCUGCUCAUCUCCUUCCUCACCGUGCUGGUCUUCUACCUGCCCUCCGACUGCGGGGAGAAGGUCACCCUCUGCAUCUCCGUCCUCCUCUCCCUCACCGUGUUCCUGCUGGUCAUCACCGAGACCAUCCCCUCCACCUCGCUGGUCAUCCCCCUCAUCGGCGAGUACCUGCUCUUCACCAUGAUCUUCGUCACGCUCAGCAUCGUCAUCACCGUCUUCGUGCUCAACGUGCACUACCGCACCCCCAUGACCCACACCAUGCCCGGGUGGGUGCGCUCCGUGUUCCUCAGCAUCCUGCCCAGGGUGAUGCUCAUGAGGAGGCCCCUGGACCAGGACGGCAAGGCCGUGGGGGUGCAGAGCUGCGGCGAGGGGGGAGGAUCCGGAGGCAGGGCCGGAGGGAGCGGGGGAAAGGGAGUGAAGAAGAGGAAGAACAGCCUCUCACAGCAAAGCGGAGGAGGCUCGGUCAACUGCCUGGACUUUGGAGAAAACAAGCUCUCCGUGGAAGGAGGCUGUGCUGGCAAGAAGUGUCCCUGCCCCUGCCAGCACGGCAAGGAAACCCCAGAGAUGGCAGACCCCGGGAAGCUGAGUCGCCAACUGAGCCACCAGAGUGUCAACACGGUGGUGGCGUUCUCCAUGGUGUCACCUGAGAUCAAACAGGCCAUAGAGAGUGUCAAAUACAUUGCAGAGAACAUGAGGAGUCGGAACAAGGCCAAAGAGGUGGAGGAUGACUGGAAGUAUGUUGCCAUGGUGAUCGACAGGAUAUUCCUUUGGGUCUUCAUAACGGUCUGCAUCCUUGGAACCCUGGGCCUCUUCCUGCGGCCUGUUAUUGGCUUUCUGUCAUAACCAAAAAACAAUUAAGGUUCAUAGCAAUCAGCAAUCAGGCCAAUCCACCGUUUUUUUUCUCCAUCUGGACCAAUUGAAUAACGCUGUUAGUGCUGCACCAGGAGAAAAUCUUUCACUCAGUCACUCUUGAAUUAAGUAAUCAAAACUUUUUCAAGUUUCAGUAUUCCCCAGAUAAAAACACCAACCCUCUAUCAUAGCAACCAAUAGCAAAUUGAUCAGUCCCUAUUGAUAGAUUUGUAUCUAUCACAUCUAAUUAAUAAUCAGAUCGGCGAGGUCUCAGGCAAUCCUACCCAUAUGCUUUCUGUGUCGCAACCAAUUACUAAUGAAACUGAGGAGACAUCUCAGAACCUCCUCAUAACAUUAACAGCCUUUUGGAACAGUCAACUUCAAUUGUUUGUCCAUGGUUACGAACCACAGAACAGUGUCAAUGAUCCGCCAUAGGUAUUGCUAUGACAACAUCAUGACUGGAUUGUCAUAGAAGGGUGUGUGGUAUCUUACAGGAAUAACCAAUCAGAGCUUCCUAGAGCUGUAUACAGAGCAAUCAGAGCUUACAGAGCUGUAUCCUAAUGAAAACGGACAUGAUACAAAGUACAAACAGAUGCCUUUAUGAGUGUUCUGGAAGGUUUCAUUUCUUAUCUGGGUAAAUAUAUGAUUCAUUUAUACAUGAAUGACAGUCUCCUGAAAUAGAACCUUCAACUCAAUUCUGGAAUUAAUGUAUCAGGGGAUUCUCUCAUCCAUUUUUAUGGUCAUUAAUUUAUGUGUUUAUUUUCCGAAUCAUUUUUUAAUUAAGUUCACCAUUGUAUGUAGCCCUGUAUUACCACACACAGAUAGCUCAUGAGAAACAUUGAUUAGCCUCUUUUAAAUUAGUCUCCUGUAUCAGCCAUUCCAGAACACUGCUUUGUGCUUUUGAUUGCCAUAAUCCUUUUGCAAUUACAUUCUGACUUGUCAUUAACAAUACACACCUUGCACUACUGAGACACUCACUUUUGUAUCUAUGUUUUAUUUUGCUCUCUCUCUCUCUCUCUCUCUCUCUCU